CGAGAGUGUCUGCACUGCUGCUCUCUCAAUUUCAGUCAAUGGUCGGUCAAUGCUCAUGCUUUGCUUGUUGCAACAUAAGUAUAUAACACUUAGUAAACAGGGAGGAAGGCUGCAAAACGGAGCAGCAGCAGCACUGACCGAAGACCGAACACAUCAGAUUUCAUUACACUUAUCUACAUAAUAUCUACACCAGUUUGAUAGUACCUAUACAUACUUACCGGAUCGCAAAUAUACAUCGCAACACUCGCAACUAUCGCGAGUUGCAUGUGAUAAGUAUCGCGAGUAAUUAAGUACAAGUUGUACUUACCUAGCGUAGUUUCGGGAGAGCAAACAUAGCUGGUGUGUGUACCAGUGCGAGUAGUACUUAUAGGGGUACUUGUAAUAUUUACGUAGGAGGCUAGGAGGUUGGAGUUAAUUAAAAAAAAGAGUAUACUUACGCCGAAAGUAACGUGAGCAGGGAGUUGCAAAAUGGCCGACUACAACCGGGACCGCGACCGUGGGGAUUAUUAUGGUGGCUCCACCACCAAUGGUUCCGGGUACAAUAACGAUGUUCGCUCCAAGAACGAUGACCCUCCAAACUCCAGACUCUUCGUCAUCUGUCACAAGAGCUUCGAGGAGGAAAACCUGCGCAAGGCUUUUGAAAAAUUUGGCAAAAUUGAGGACAUCUGGGUUGUCAAGGAUCGUAGCACGGGUGAAAAUAAAGGAGUCACCUACAUCAAGUUCUCGAAGACUUCUGAAGCGGCUUUUGCUCUUGAGGAGAUGAAUGGCAAGUCACUUGGGAACAUUGGCAGGCCGAUAAAAGUCAUGAUUGCCUCCAAUCGAGAUCAAGGAUCUGUAAGAGAAACUAAUGAAGAGGAACGUUGGGUCAGAUUAUUCUGUGUCUUGCCAAAAUCUAUGACAGAUUCAGACUUACAGGAUGAAUUUUCAAGGUAUGGUCAGAUUGAAUAUGCUACUGUUGUCAAGGAUAGGUCAACAAACGAGUCCAAAGGCUUUGGCUAUGUUAAAUUCAGAAAGGUAUCCAGUGCAGCAAGAGCUUUUGAAGAAUGUGACCGGAAAUUCAAAGCUGUUUUUGCUGAACCCAAAAAACCCAAAAUACCUGAUCACUCACAAUCAGAACCGAAAUUUGGUAAUGGAGUGUCCAUCAAUUAUGAUAACCCAAACAAUUCAAACUAUUCCAACAGUUACAAUAAAAAUAGCAUAGGAUUGGAGAUAGGAAGUAACUAUCCCAAUCCGGAAGGUUACACAAAACUCCAAGUCAUUGCACAUCCAGCAUUAAAUCAAGAUCAACUUUGGAAAUUGUUUGAUGUUGUACCUGGCAUGGAUUAUUGUCAUCUCAAGGCAGAUGCAAGGUACCGAAUGCCACGGGGUCAAGCUACCGUUGUUUAUACAAAUCCAAGUGCAGCUGCUUAUGCCAGAGAGAAGUUGCAUGGCUUUGAAUACCCUCUUGGUCACAGACUAAUUGUUAAGCCAGAUUUAUCAGGAGCACCACAACCAUCAAAGCCCAUAUUAAAGCAAGGCAUUUCCAAUAACAACAUAACUUCAGGAGGUGUCACUGCAUCUAGAACAGACUUGGCACACCUUGCAGAAACUAUUGCUCAAGCCACAUCUCUGAUACAAGCUGCUGGCUUAACAGCUCCAUCUCUAGAUCACUGUCCUAAUAAGUUACCUCCCGUACAACCCAUGGCCGAUAUAGAUGCAGACGUUGCUAAGCGAUGUUUCAUUGUGUGUGGACCUCCAGUUCCUCCGAUUUAUGCCAUGAGAGAUGCAUUUUCCAGAUUUGGAAAUUUAAUUGACGUGUACAUGCUUCCUGGAAAAAAUUGUGGCUAUGCCAAAUUCGCUUCUGUUGAUAGCGCCAAUCGUGCUAUUGAGGUUCUUCAUGGCCAAGAGAUUUGUGGUUCUCGUCUGAAAGUCUUGGAGGCGGAAGAGCGAAAUGCGGGUGAUGAUAGAAGGAAACGUUUGAGGAUGGACGAGGAUGAACGUUAAUAAUGAAAAAAAACUUACCGACUGGUAAUACACAAUGCAGGACGCCACGCCACGAAUUGAGACAAUUUAUAAAGACACACUUGACCACAUCGAGCCUGCAACAGAAGAAAACUACCACGACCAUUCUUACUUUUAACUGUCGCUUACUUUCGUCAUAUUUUAACGUUUAACUGAAGUACUUGAUUUUUUUUUUUUUCAUUGAUUAUCACAACACUUGACACCGGACAUCACGGUAAACAUUGAUUUCAACAUGUCUGUACUCUUUAAUGCAACAUACAUUUCUGCACAAUCAUUGCGAUUGGGCAAAAGAAAAAGUAGAAAUCAGAACAAAAAAAUUAUAAGUUUUUAAACACCAAUCGAGUAAUUCUGGCAAAGUUAUCGUAUUUGCAAUUAUACAAACUAUAAAUCUCAUCAAUUACAGAAGCGCGAAUCUUACCAUUCUUGAAAAAGUAUUUUGAUAAUUUUAUAGAAUCUGUAAUUGUGUAUGGUACAUCAGUAUGUGUACUUUUAUAAAUAUACACAUUAAUCGUAUAUAAUAUAUUCUAUAUAGCUACAUUUGACAAAUAUUGUAGAGUUAGUCCUAGUUGUACUGUUAACUUCAAACCUUAUAUUUUUUAUGAUUCUUUCUAGCUAUAGUUAUUGUAGAUUAGUGAAUAAUUGGCUGAUAAAUCUGAAUGUCUUAAUUACUAGACAGCUAAGUCUUCAAGCCUAUUUUUAGUAAUUAAUUUUGGUAAUUCGACGUAAGGUGGUAUUGUACGUUAUCAAUAUCAAAAGUGUGUUUUUUUUUUACUUGCUUAGUUUGUAGGAAAACUUUUGUUCAAAAUAAAUUGACUCAGAAAUAUCGGUGUUUUUACGUGUUAUAGUCUACUAGGUAUUCUCAACAAGCGCUUCUAAAAAAAACUUCGAAACAUUAAAAUACCUUUUAAAUUAGCGAGUCAAGCGAUUCUGGUAAAUGAAAUGAUUGCUGAUUCGCGUCGUCCACGGUUACCUAGCAUCUUUAAAGGUCCAAUAAUGGUCGAUAAACAAUCAAUGUGAUCAAUGCCAUCUCUGUAUACUUUUUUAUUUGUAUAGUUUGUUUACGUUUCGAAUAAUAAAUUUAGAAAAAACGCAUAAAUAAACAUACGAGUAUGCAUGUGAAUUUUUCUUCUGUUCUCAAAAACGAGUACGAUACAUGCAAAUUAUUAGAAAUUCGAUGCAAAUCUAAGAAACUGAAAAUCUACAUACAAAAUGCUUUUGCAUUUAUAAUUGUAUAUUUAUUUGAAAGAGGAAACAAGUAGGAGUAAGAGAGAAAGAGGAAAAACAGUAAAAAAAAAAAAA